CUCCACUCUUCUGCCCCCUCCCCUCCCUCCUCCCAUCUCGCCCGUUCUCGCUCUGCUUCAGUCGAGCACUGCAUUAGACGAGAAAAUGAGCGUUCUGUUUUUCUGCGCUUAGCGGUUCUCUCCUUCAUCCAUCGUGCGCCCCUCCCCACCGGCAUUGACUCAACUGCCUCCUCCAUUCUUCUGCCGUCAGGACCCACCCUCCCUGCUCCCUGCUCCAACUCAGCUGCUCAUUCCGAUUAUCUCCUGCUGCGCUCGAGCACCAUGAGCGACCUUGACCGGGCGAUCGCGCAAUUACGCGCUUGCCGUUUGAUACCCGAAGCCCAGGUCCGCGAACUCUGCUACAAGGCGCGCGAGCUCCUAAUCGAAGAAGGAAACGUAGUCUGCGUCGACGCGCCCGUCACAAUCUGCGGCGACAUUCAUGGCCAGUUCCAUGACUUGAUGGAACUGUUCCGCGUGGGCGGCGACGUCCCGGACACCAACUACCUAUUCAUGGGCGACUUCGUCGAUCGCGGAUUCUACUCCCUCGAAUCUUUCCUCCUCCUUCUCUGCCUCAAAGUCCGAUACCCCGACCGCAUCACCUUGAUACGUGGCAAUCACGAGUCGCGCCAAAUCACCACCGUCUACGGAUUCUACGAUGAGUGCAUCCGCAAAUACGGCAGCGCCAACGUCUGGCGAUACUGCUGCGAGGUCUUCGACUACCUUGCGCUCGGGGCCCUCGUCUUAGGCGCCAGCUCAGAGCUCGAGCCCACCGGCCCCAGCAUGGAUACUACCCAAUCCACCAUGCCGAUCGAUGACGAACUCGAGACCGAAAUCCUUAACUCCAGAGGCGAAGUCACUAUGAGCACCUACCGACCCCGCCCGCAAUCCUCCUCCGACCCAUCAUCCAUCUCCCCACCCCGCGACAUCUCCGCCACAUCCAACCAAGCCCCCUUCCGCUCCGGCGCUGCCGGUACAAGCGCCUCCGGCGACGCCGGCGGAAGCUAUGGCAGCCGCACGGGAGCCGUGCUCUGCGUGCACGGCGGCCUCUCCCCGGCCAUCGACACCGUCGACAAGAUUCGCCUGAUUGACCGAAAACAGGAAGUGCCACACGAAGGCGCCAUGUGCGACCUGCUCUGGUCCGACCCGGACGAGAUCGACGGCUGGGGCCUCAGUCCCCGCGGCGCGGGGUUCCUCUUCGGCGGCGACAUCGUCAAACGCUUCAACUACCGAAACGACCUAUCACUGAUCGCGCGCGCGCAUCAACUCGUCAUGGAAGGGUACAAGGAGAUGUUCGACGGCGGGAUCGUAACGGUCUGGUCCGCACCUAACUACUGCUACCGGUGCGGCAACGUCGCCGCUAUCCUGGAACUAGGCGAAGAUACAAGCAACGGUGGCACCGUCGCCCGAAGCAAUGGCGACUACGGAAGGAGUAAUGGUAUCCUGGGAUCGACCAAUAAACCGGCCGUCCGCAGUCCCGGGAGACGGUAUAGGGUGUUUGAGGCCGCGGCGCAGGAUACCAGAGGCAUGCCUGCUAAGAAGCCUGUUGCUGAUUAUUUCCUGUGAUACCAUUUGCCGUACGAACGAAUGCAUUUUUUUUUCAUGCCCUUCUAUCUUCUACAUCUGUUCUGCUUAUGUGUCUUUGUCUGUGUUUGCGCCUCCUAUGUAUGCAUCCCAGCCGUUCGUCCUCCCGUCCUCAUCCUCGCAUCUCCUA